AUGUCAAACUUAUCGCCUAAAUCCAAUGGCAAUGAGCCUCAUUUAGCACCUGCAAUCACCAUUCAAACAACUUCAACAAAUCCGAUGGCAACAACAACUAGUCUGUUUGCUAACCACCAAAGACACCGCUCAAUUAGUGAUUCACAUUCUCCUGGUCGUACAAGAAGUAACUCCAGUCCAUUGACUCCGACUCCUUCCCAUCAAUCAGCUCAUAUUGCCACUAGACAAAGAAGAUCUUCUUCAAUUAUUCAACAUUUAGAACCCGACACUUUAGAUACAAAAAUUGAUCAAUCAUUAAAUCCAAAUGUCAAUGCAAAUUGGGUUCAUCAAAAGGGAGCAUGGAUCAUACAUAUUGUGAUAAUAAUGUUAUUAAAAGUAUUUUUUAAUUUAACUGGUGUUUUAGAUAAUGAUUGGAGAUGGACUUUAACAAAUUUAACUUAUAAUGUUGGAUCAUAUAUUAUGUUCCAUCAAGUGAAAGGAACGCCGUUUGAAUUCAAUUCCGGAGCUUAUGAUAAUUUAACUAUGUGGGAACAGAUAGACAAUGGGGAUCAAUAUACUCCAAGUAAGAAAUUCUUAAUGUUGGUACCAAUUGGUUUAUUUUUAAUUAGUACACAUUAUUCAAGUUAUAAUUUAAAUUUAUUUAUCUUGAAUGGUAUUAGUUGUCUUUGUGUGGUUGUUCCAAAAUUAGCAAUUUCCCAUAGAUUAAGAGUGACUUUAUAUUAA